CGCCGUCCCUUCCAGAAAGCUCGUGGUGAAGAUGGCGGCGCAAAGCUCGACUCCGAGUGAUCUGUACAAGUGCGUGUACUCGUUCCUGCUGGACAACAAGUUCACCAAGGCGGCGCAGCAGUUCGUCAAACAAACCAAAGUGAAUCCACAAGAUCAAAAUGAAGAAAGCCUCGUCGACAUCUUCAACUUCUGGGUGAAGUCUCCUGAAGCUAAGAAACGAAAAGCGCCCGCUAACAAGGCCGACGCUACGAACGGUCCAUCCGCCAAGAAAGCGAAACCCAGUGCAGAGAGCUCCAGCAGCGAAGAGUCGAGCAGCGAGGAUGAAGAAGCUGUUGCAAAACCAACCAAAGCAGCCCCUUCAGCUGCCAAGGUUGUGCCCGCUAAAGCAGCAGCUACUAAAGCAGCAUCCAGCAGUAGUGAAGACUCCAGUGACUCUGAGGAGGAGAUGGCUCCUGCAAAGGCUCCUGCAAAGGCUCCUGCAAAGGCUCCCGUGAAGGCGGCGGCUGCUGCUCCCGCUGCGAGGAAGAAGGACAGCAGCUCUAGCAGUGAAGAAUCUGACACUGAGGAUGAACAGCCCGCCAAAGCCCCUGCACCGAAACCCAAGGUAGGCGCACCCAGACCAGCUGUUCCCGCCAAAGGUGCUGCUCAGAAAAAGCAGGAGAGCAGCAGUGAAGACAGUUCCUCUGAUUCUGAAGAUGAAAAACCAGCCAAGGCUCCAGUCAAGCCCGCUCCAGUAAAGCCUGCCGCCGCCGCCGCCGCCGCUGAAUCGAGCAGUGAAGACUCUUCAUCUGAAGACGAGGCCCCACCCAGCAAAAAACCCAAAGCAGGCGCAUACAGUGCAGUCCCACCACCUGCUUCAGUCCAGAAGGCUCCAGCUGCUCGAGCUGCACCAGCAGCCAGCAAGGCCAAGGAGAGCGACUCCUCAGACAGCAGUGAUGACAGCAGUGACGAGGAAGAAGAGAAGAAAGUAGCUGCAAAACCUGCACCAGUAAAGACCACUGCUGCCAAACCCAAUGCGCCCAAACCCGUCGCAAAGAAACAGGAGUCCAGCUCUGAGAGCUCAGAUUCAAGCUCGGAUGAAGAGGAGGCAAAGAAGCCCGCAGCUAAAGUCACCCCAGCUAAAGCAGCCCCAGCCAAACCCGCCCCAGCCAAGGCUGCACCUGCUAAAGAAGACUCCGACUCAUCAAGUUCAGAAGAUGAAGAGGAGGUGAAGAAACCUGCAGCAAAGGUUACUCCUGCUAAGGCUGCUCCAACUAAAGUCACACCUGCUAAAGAAUCUUCCUCAGAGGAGGAUUCCAGUUCUGAGGAGGAGGAGACGGCAAAGAAGCCCGCAGUUAAGCCUGCACCUGCCAAGACUACCCCAGCUAAAAAAGACGAGUCCUCCAGCUCAGAUUCCGAUAGCAGCUCUGAAGAUGAGGCUCCGGCAAAACCUGCCGCCAAAACUGCAGCCACACCUAAACCUGCCGCUGCUUCUAAACCUGCCGCUGCUUCUAAACCUGCCGCUGCUUCUAAACCUCCAGCCAAGGCAGCAGAGAGCAGCUCUGAAGACUCCUCCUCCUCUGAGGAGGAAGAACCAGUGAAAGCCAAGCCAGUGACCAAACCAGCUACCCCAGCUUCUAAGCCUGCUACCCCUGUUGUAAAGCCUGCUGCUGCAGCAGAGAGCAGCUCAGACUCUGACUCCUCCUCUGAAGACGAAGAACCAGCUAAGGCUAAAUCGGCAGCAGCAAAACCUGCAGCAGCUAAAGCAGCUACCCCAGCCUCAAAGCCUGCUACUCCUGCAGCGAAGCCUGCAGCUGCAGCAGAGAGCAGUUCUGACUCUGACUCCUCUGAGGACGAGGAAGAACCAGUGAAGGCCAAGCCUGUAACUAAAGCAGCUACGCCUGCUACAAAGCCUGCAGCAAAGCCGGCUGUCGCCAAGGCCCCUGCAGACUCCAGUGAUGACAGUUCCAGUGAUGAGGAGGAGCCCAAGAAGGCAGCGCCAGCACCCAAGCCUGCGGCCACAAAGGCAGCUGCAGCUCCAAAAAAGAAGGCAGAGGAGAGCAGCUCCGACUCUUCAGACAGCUCUGAUUCAGAUACCAAGGCAAAGUCCACCCCUGCUAAGCCCACAGUCACCAAUGGCAAGGCAGCAACGCCCAAGGCAGCAACGCCCAAGGCAGCCACUCCAGCAGCCAAGGCCCCAGCAAAGCCAGCAGAGUCCUCAUCCAGUGAGAGCAGCUCUGAAGAAGAAGAGGAAGCAGCAGCCAGUAAAAGUACUGUAAAACCUGCAACACCGGCUGCAACAGCCAAGACGACCCCAGCAGCUAAAGCUAAAGAGAGCAGCAGCUCUGAAGACAGUUCAUCAGAGGAGGAGGAGGCCCCACGCAAAGCAGCCACAGCACCCACUACCCCUACGACAAAUGGUACCAAUGGAAAGAGAAAAAGAGAUGAAGAAUCAUCAGAAAGUGAAGAGGAAGAAACAGAUGUCAAGACACCAAAAAAUAAGAAAGCAACGACCACACCACAGACGUUUCCUAAAGCCAAUAAGAAGUCCAACGUACCGUUCCGUAGAAUAGUAGAGGAAACCGUAGAGGUGGACCCCCGUCUUGCAGAUAACUCUUUUGAUGCUAAGUAUGGAGCCGCGGGGGAUUGGGGCCAGAAAGCGAACGAUGUGCUCAGGUUCACAAAAGGCAAAUCAUUCCGCCAUGAAAAGACGAAGAAGAAGAGGGGCAGCUACCGCGGGGGAGCCAUCUCUACCUCCGUCAACUCCAUUAAGUUUGACAGUGACUGAGGACCUUCUCACUAGGAUCCCUCCCACCUGAACUGUACUGUACCUGUGUGAUCAGGACCAUCAGUUGUCUGCUUCCUCCCCCUGUAAACAGUCCCCCCUAUCAUCAUCACCACCCAACAGCAGCAGCACACUGGCAGAGGAAUGUGACCCGUAGAGCUGAGCUGGCACUUGCGUUUAGUUAGCUGCCCUUAGUAAUGGAGAUCAUUCGUUUGAUCUCUGAUCUGAAGCUACAGUCAGUGGAGCUGUGGCAGCAGGAGAGAGAUGUUCCCAGCUGUGACUUCAGACUGUACCGCUAAAGGUUGACAUCCACGUGACAUCACUACCACUUAUAGCCACUAGGUGGCUGCAGGCCACCUGUGAAUGGUGAAAAGGCAGUGUGUGUGUUGGGCCUCUUUUCUUUUUUCUUUUUUUUUUGCUCUUUUUUGCUUUUUUUGCUUGUUCUGACUUUAUCAUGUACUUUUUUUCUCUUUGUAACUUCCAUUUUUUUUUUGUUUUCAAUUCUCUGUAUGAAUGACAGCGAUCCCUCCCAACAGGUUCUUUAUGUUAGGAAAAGGCUGAUGGUGGUGUUUUUUUAAUGGAUCACAUGGAUUCUUGAAGUUUGUUUGGUUGUUAGUCAAUUUUUCUUUGGCCACAUUUAAAUGUGGAGAGGGUGUGUGCUGGGGUUUUUUCUUUUCAUUUACAUUACAUGAACAUUGAGAGAGUAGAACUGAGUUUUAUACUGUGUAUUUAUUAAGUUUUAUUCCAUUUAGGACCUUUCAAGCCAUCUCAAACUAUUCUCAAUCCAUUUUGCGUUGAAACAGAUGCCCCUGUCCUGUCAAACCCUCGCUAAUCUGUUCAUCAUGGAAUUUAUUAUUAACCAACAUACCUGAGAGCCAUGUUUGUUUCAAUCAUUUUGAUUUACUGUAUGAACUCUUGUGUACAUCUGUUAUUUUUUUUUUUAUUGUUAAUUCUCGUAGCGAUAAUUAAAGACUUAACAGAUUAAAAGUUGGUGUGAUUGGA